CAACCACAACCACCAUCUUGUAGAAUCGCCCACAUUUUUCACACCUCCAUAGAAAUGUCUGAAAUGACUGUGAUGCAAUACCGCAACGAUUCUGGCACAACCGACGACUCGCCCUUUGGUUCCGCCCUCAAUACGCCUGCAGAUGAAAACGCUGUUAUCUGUUUUGGUAAAUUCGACGAGAGAUUCGUCGACGACAACAGCUGUGGUCAGAAGGAAAACUUGAACUUGAAGGCUACCACGACGGCGGUGGCCAGCGAUACUUCGAUUUCGACUCUCAAUCUCUCAACUGUAUCCACGGUCUCUGUUAGGAAUCCUGAAGAUGGUGUUAAUUGUUCUCAGGUUCACGACAUCUCGCCUACACUCGAAUCUGUUCCAUCGCCUCUGAUAUCUUCAAAAUCCUUCUCAAGCUCGAACAUCAAAGACCUCUCAAUAGACUCUGACUUACCUUCCUUUACAACGCCAAUGAUGGAACCGUGUUGUAGCGCGAUUUCUUCAUCUCCAGAGAUUGAUUUACAUCGACAUCAACGAACAUCGAGUUUUUACAAUCUCCCCAACGAUCCUAUCUGUAUCUCUCCCUCUGUUUCCAUGGCUAAACAGCUCUCUGAAUACACCUCUGCUUCUGAAUCCCUCGACGGACUUGCAAUUGACCUCAAGGCCGCGGAAGAAAUGACCAAUAACGAGAAGACGAAUCCUCAAGUCGAAAUCACUCAAGCCUCCCCUCAAGAAGAACCGUUCCCUCCUCAAGAAUCUCCAUCUGCAAUCCGCAAAAAAAUCGACAUCUCAACCCUCGUCAUUCCAUUCCAAAUCCUCUGCUUCCUCCCCUGGUGUAUCGCCGUCGGCUGCGCUCUCCUCGUUUUCCCAAAACACCUCGAACAACUCGUUUUCUCCUCUGGGUACUACUUCUCCUCAAACUCAAUCGCAGGCGGGACUUCUUUACCUCCACCGCCACGAGGGAUCCACCGUUUUGCUCAUCUCGCAGAGUUUACGGUUCCACAUGUGAUGGCGUUUUUGGGAUUUUUACUUGUUUCGAUUUGGUGGAAUCCGCCGCUUGGUAGUGGGCUUGCGACGUUGGCGUUGAGUCAGGGGGUACUUUCUUGGCAGGAUUUUAGGGAGGAUUUUGGUGUUCCGUUGGGAGAGGACGAUAGGAUGUCGGUUUAUUGGGUGUUGAAACGAUAUGCAUUUGGAGAGGAGUGUUGGGGGAUGAGGAAGGGCGAUGAUGGGUAUUUUAUGACUCAUUCUAGUAACGCUUUUGAUGAGGAGGAUUAGCUGGGUGGUACCUUUUUUUGUUCAGUUUUUUUUUGUCGAUUUGUAUGUUUGAUACCGGU